AUGGGAGAAAUGUGGAGAGAACUAACAGAUGAACAGAGAAAUGUAUAUAUCGAGAAAUCUAAAAUUGCAGUUGAAGAAAUCAGAGAAAGAAACAAGCAAGAAAAUAGAGUUAUGCGUAGAAAUAAAAUGAAUAAAUAUAAAAAUAAAUCAUCUUCGAAAAAUGAAGAAGGUGAAGCAUCGAAAAAUUCUACUACUUCUCAACGAGAAGAGGAUGAUGAAGAAUAA